AUGCCCAAGGCGAAGGCGAAGGCGAAGACCAAGGCGAAGAAGGAAGAACCGGCCACGGCUGGGCUCGGAGACAAGUCCGUGGAGGCGGCGGAGCGGUAUUUGGAGUAUGAUCCGGUGUCGAAGGUGACGUGGAAGCUCGGCGACGCGACGCCGUAUUUGUAUCUCGCGAAUAUUUUCGAGUCCAUCGCGGAAACGACGAAAAGAUUGGAGAUCGCGGAGCUGCUGACAAAUGCUUUCCGGACGAUUUUAGCGAGUAAACCGACUGAUCUCUUGGCGGCGGUGUACUUGGCGUCGAACACCAUUCAUCCGCAGCACGAAGGUAUCGACCUCGGCAUCGGGGAUGCGACGCUCAUCAAGGCGCUCGCUGAGGCCACGGGGCGGAAAGACGAAUCGAUUAAGAAUGACUAUAAGGAAGCUGGCGAUCUUGGAAGCGUGGCCAUGGCGAGUCGUUCGACGCAGCGCAUGAUGUUCCCGCCGCCACCGUUGACGGUGACGGGCGUGCUCAAGGAGUUUAGAGCCAUCGCCACGACCGAUGGCGAAAAGAGCGUCGAUCGCAAGAAAGGUAUGAUCAAGAAGCUCCUCGUCUCCGCGCGCGAGUGCGAGGCGGGUUACGUCAUUCGCUCGCUCCAAGGUAAACUACGAAUCGGCCUCGCUCAACAGACGGUGACGCAAAGUCUCGCGCACGCCAUCGUCUUGCACGGCGACGCCGGAAAGAAGAAGAAGGGCGCCGAGCUCGCCGAUGCCUUGGGUGCAGCAUUCGACGUGCUCAAGCAAGUAUUUAGCGAAUGUCCGACUUUUGAUCAAAUCGUCCCGGCGCUACUUGAGGUUGGUAUCGAAGGCUUGCAAGAGCGUUGCAAAUUCACCCCGGGUGUCCCCGUCAAGCCGAUGUUAGCCAAGCCUACGACUGGGGUGUCUGAAGUGUUGAAGCGCUUCGAAGACAUCGCGUUUACGUGUGAAUACAAGUACGAUGGAGAGCGCGCGCAGAUUCACCUCCAAGAAAAUGGCAAGGUGUCCAUCUUCUCCCGCAACCAAGAGGACAACACGGCCAAGUUUCCCGAUCUCAUAAACGGUCUCAAGCGAUACAUCAAGCCUCAUGUGAAGUCUGUCGUCAUCGACUGCGAAGCCGUUGCAUACGAUAGAGAACAAAACAAGAUCUUGCCGUUCCAGAUUUUGAGCACGCGAGGAAAGAAAAACAUCGUUGAAUCGGAGAUCAAAGUCAAAGUCGCUCUCUACGCGUUUGACUGCCUGUACCUCAACGGCGAACCGCUGUUGCGCGAGCCGAUGCACAAGCGCCGCGAAGCACUUUACAGCGCAUUCCAAGAAGUUCCCGGCGAAUUCUUCUUCGUCACCGAGAAGACAUCUCGCGAUAUCGAUGAACUGCAAGGAUUUUUGGACGAAUCUAUCGCAGAGAACACCGAAGGUUUGAUUGUCAAGACGCUCGACGCGACGUACGAACCGUCCAAGCGCUCCCUCAACUGGCUUAAGCUCAAGAAGGAUUACAUGGAAGGCUGCGGUGACUCAUUAGAUUUAGUUCCAAUCGGCGCUUGGCUCGGACGCGGUAAGCGUACGGGCGUUUAUGGCGCGUACUUACUCGCCUGUUUCGACGAAGACGGCGAAGAGUACCAAUCCAUCUGUAAAAUAGGCACCGGCUUCAGCGAAGUCAUCCUCGAGGAAUUGGCCAACGCCAUGAACCCACACGUCAUAGACGGUCCGCGUUCGUACUACAAGGUAUCCGACGCCAUGAAACCCGACGUGUGGUUCGAACCGAAGCAAGUGUGGGAAGUCAAAGCCGCCGACUUGUCAAUCUCUCCGGUUCACCAAGCCGCGUGUGGAUUGGUCGAUCCGCAAAAGGGCAUCGCGCUGCGCUUUCCUCGCUUCUUACGUCGCCGCGACGACAAAGAGCCCGAGAUGGCGACCAACUCCGAGCAAGUCGCCGAGUUUUACAACGCCCAGGCCAACAAGCAAGAGUUUAACGCCAACGGAGAUGACGAUUAA